UAAUAAAUAAUGAUUUCACUCAUCCCUAAGUUAAACAAAAUAUCUCACUGUACAAGCAAAACUCAAUUUUAGUUGUGCGUGGUCAUAAUAAUAAAAUAAGUCUUGUAAUGUCCUGGUUUAUCAAAUAUGUGUUCGUUGCAUUUGUUGGCAUAGUGCUGGUAUUUAUUUAUAAUCAAACGCAAGAUGUGCCUUUGCCUACUUUAGAAGAUAAAUGGUGGGGCAAAGGUCCCAAAAUUGUUGAAACAAGGAAAAUAACCAACAGACAAAUAAAUGUGCCUGAAGAGGUGAUACUAGACCUCAAGAGUCGCCUUCGCAAUACAAAACCGUUUCAUCCCAGCUUAGAUGGCGUGAAUCAAUUCUACGGCAUUCACGUAACUGCGUUGAACAAUGUUUUAAAUUAUUGGAAAAAUGAAUAUAACUGGACCGAAAGACAGGCCUAUCUAAAUCAACACCAGCAUUUUUUUGUUAAUAUCCGAGGGCUUGAAAUACACUUUUUACACAUCAAGCCAAAGAGAAUUGUGCAUGAAAAUGGAAGAAAACUGAAGGUUUUACCCAUGUUAAUAAUGCAUGGCUGGCCAGGCAGCGUUAGGGAGUUUUAUGAUAUUAUUCCCAAAUUGACUGAACCAAGAAACGAUAAAGACUUUGUUUUUGAAUUGAUAUUGCCUUCUUUGCCGGGUUUCGGAUUUUCCGAAACCAGUACAAAGCCAGACCUAUCUGUUAUACAGAUGGGACAAAUUUUUGCCGACCUUAUGAACAUACUGGGAUUCGAAAAGUUUUAUGUCCAAGGAGGAGACUGGGGCAGUUACGUUGCUCAAAGUAUGGCAUCUUUUUACCCGGAGAGAGUAAUUGGUCUGCAUAGUAAUAUGUGCUAUUGCAAUACUAAAAUGACCUAUGUAAAAUUUUUAAUUGGAAACUAUUGGCCGGGUUUAAUAUACGAAGACUACGAAAUGUCCACCAUAUACAAUACAACUGCCAAUACGUUAAAGUUUCUAACUGAAGAAACUGGAUACUUUCACAUACAAGCCACAAAACCGGACACAGUUGGAGUGGGCUUACGCGAUAGCCCAAUGGGAUUAGCUGCCUAUAUGCUUGAAAAAUUUAGCACUUUAACCAAUCCAAACUACAGAAACUUGGAAGAUGCUGGUUUAACGGAAAAAUUUACUUUAGAACAACUAUUGGAUAAUGUGAUGAUUUUUUGGGUGACGCAAUCCAUGACCAGUGCUAUGAGAAUUUAUGCUCAAUAUUUUACUGAUUUUGAUAUGAAUAGCAGAGUUAUUCAUGGAACGAAGAUAUACACACCAACAGCGUGUGCCAGAUUUAAGUAUGAAAUAUUACAUCUCCCGAAAUCCAUUUUGUCAGAGCGAUUUAAAAAUUUAGUUUAUCUGUCCCAAUAUGACCAAGGAGGACAUUUUGCUGCUUUCGAAGAACCAGAUCUAUUUGCAGAAGAUAUUUAUAUGUUUGUUGAAAAAGUGGAAAAAAUGUAAUAUAACUUUUCCAGUUAGGAAAAUUAAUUGUAUUAUGCAUAAUUAAAUACUCUAUUAUUUGGAACUGAA